GAGCGGCGUACGUAGCGUGACGUCAGUGCGCCGCGCCGGCCGGGUCUUCCGCGGGCUGACUCUUUCUCCGCGGCCGUCUUGGGCCGCGCUGCUGCUGGAUCGGCUGUCUCUGGUGUUGAGGCCUUCGGGCUGGUCUCGACUUCCACUAUGUACCACAACAGCAGCCAAAAGCGGCACUGGACUUUCGCCAGCGAGGAGCAGCUGGCGCGACUGCGGGCCGACGCCAAUCGCAAAUUCAAGUGCAAAGCGGUGGCCAACGGAAAGGUUCUUCCAAACGAUCCAGUCUUUCUUGAGCCUCAUGAAGAACUGACUCUGUGUAAAUACUAUGAGAAAAGAUUAUUGGAAUUCUGUUCAGUAUUUAAACCAGCAAUGCCACGGUCUGUUGUGGGUACAGCGUGUAUGUAUUUCAAGCGUUUUUAUCUUAAUAAUUCUGUAAUGGAAUAUCACCCCCGGAUAAUAAUGCUUACCUGUGCAUUUCUGGCCUGCAAAGUAGAUGAAUUCAACGUGUCUAGUCCUCAGUUUGUCGGAAACCUUCGGGAGAGUCCCCUUGGACAGGAGAAGGCCCUGGAACAGAUUUUGGAAUAUGAACUACUCCUUAUACAACAACUUAAUUUUCACCUUAUUGUCCACAAUCCCUACAGACCAUUUGAGGGCUUCCUCAUUGAUAUAAAGACCCGCUAUCCCAUGCUGGAGAAUCCAGAGAUUUUGAGGAAAACAGCAGAUGACUUUCUUAAUAGAAUUUCAUUGACGGAUGCUUAUCUUCUAUAUACACCUUCCCAAAUUGCUCUGACUGCCAUUUUAUCUAGCGCCUCCAGGGCUGGAAUUACUAUGGAAAGUUAUUUAUCAGAGAGUCUAAUGCUGCGAGAAAGUAGAACUUGCUUGUCACAGUUAUUAGAUAUAAUGAAAAGCAUGAAAAACUUAGUAAAAAAGUAUGAGCCACCCAGACCUGAAGAAGUUGCCAUUCUGAAGCAGAAGCUGGAGCGGUGUCACUCUGCCGAGCUUGCACUUAAUGUGGUGACAAAGAAGAGGAAAGGCUAUGAAGAUGAUGAUUAUGUAGCAAAGAAACCCAAACAUGAAGAGGAAGAAUGGACUGAUGACGACCUGGUAGACUCUCUCUAAAGUUUGAAGUUGAUAUAUCAGUUUUAAGUAAUUAGCAGAAAUAGCAAAUGUAUCUGGCAUUUAACGUUAAAAACUAACAUAUUACUUUUCUAUUUUACUUUUAUCCUUUCUGUUAUUUCAUUUUUAUCCUUUCAUGAUAGCUGUAUGUAAAACAUCUUCAGAAUAAGCCAGUGUGGCACCUAGUUGUCCCCGCUGCCAGAUGAAAAAGUGACAAGGAAACAUGCUUUGCUCCAUAGACAUCUUUACAAGUGGCCUUUCCAGUGCUGUCCUUAUAUAUAUGUAGCUGUUUUUGCAUUACUGCUGAACUGUUUGGUGCAGUACAACUGUACUUGGUUCUGAAAGGUAAUCACUCAGGGUACUGAUUUUUGUUUUCACUUAUUUACUGGAAAACAUUUCUAGAUGGAUU